AUGCCGAGAUUUCCGACCUCGGCUCCUAUCCGAUUGAUCCUGUUUGACGCUUUUGAUACGCUCGUCACGCCGCGAUCCGCACCUCAUCUGCAGUACGCCGCAGUUGCAAGACAGCACGGCCUUCGAGUCUCGGACAACGACGUCAAGUCGGCCUUCAAGCACGCUUUUCGCGCCACAUCGGUCGAGCAUCCGAACUAUGGCCUGGACACCGACAUCGCAACGCCCGAUCAAUGGUGGGAGCUAGUUAUUCAGCGCACGUUUGCACCUCAUCUCCACUCAGAGGUCACCCGAGAACAGUAUGACAGCAGCAUAGCGUCGCUUUCUCAGCGUCUUGUGACCCGCUUUGGCACCGAUGAAGCGUACGACUUGUUCGAAGACGUGGUGCCGACAUUAAAGAAGUUGGCGCAAAUAAGGUCAGACGACAAUGGUCCUGUUUCGAUGGCGCUCGCCACCAACAGCGACUCCCACAUCCUUUCCGUGCUGAAGAGCUUCGGCUUGGACCGAUUCCUACAGCUCGAUGUCACCCCAUCAUUGACAACAGGACCGACAUUGUCGUACUUUGAAAAGUGCGCCAAGCCAGAUCGCCACUUUUUCCGCGCUGCCGUCCGUCGCAAUCAGGGAACGGGGAUGAAGCUCGAGACGGCCAACGUGUUGUACGUCGGCGAUCAGCUGUAUGAAGAUUUCUGGGGGGCCACCGAUGCUGGUCUUCAAGCGGCAUGGCUGCAACGACCGUCCACCCUCGAGAGCAACCAACCAUACCAAGAGAUGUCGGCGACACGCAACAGCGAGCAGGAGCAGAGCUACGUCAGCCAACGGACCAUCCGAGAUCUCUCGGAUCUGGUCGACAUUGUCACACACUGUCAUGCAUGA